GCCCCCUUCAGUGACACAGCCCAGCUCACCUGAGGAUUCUCAUAUAGCCAAAACAGUCACCUGUACCAUCAGGGUCAGAUCCCAUCACACUUUCAGGACCAACUUCAGCACACAUACACAUCGCAGCAGAAACGCACCAUGUCCUCCACCUUCUCCAUGCGCAGCUACUCAGCCCGCCAGCCAUCCUUCUCCAGCAUGUCUCUGAGAGACAGCAGUGGUAGUGGUGGCAGGAGCCGUUCCAAGGCCCCUGUCUCCUCCCUGUCCUCUGCCAGCACCCUGUCCCUCUCCCGCUCCCUCUCCAUGGGCAAUGGGCUCAAUGUCCUGGGCACCCUCUCUUCCCUGAAUGGCAUGGGUGUGGGCGCCAGCGACAAGGAGACCAUGCAGGGCCUGAACGACCGGCUGUCCAACUACCUGGACAAGGUGCGCUCCCUGGAGCGAUCCAACGCUGAGCUGGAGCUCAAGAUCAAACAACUGAUGCUGGAGCGGACACCUAAAGGUCAUGAUAUCGAGGGCAUGAUAGCCCAGGCUCACGCCAUUGGACAGGAGGUGAGAAAGAAGAUCCUGGAGAAUGCUCGCAUCAUGCUGGAGAUUGAUAACGCCAAGCUGGCCGCCGAUGACUUCAGGGUUAAAUGGGAGGCUGAGGCCACACUGUGCCAGUCUGUAGAGAGGGACUGUCUGGCUCUCAGGAGGGCCAAGUCAGACCAUGACCAGAUCAUAGCCACCCUGAGAGGAGACCUGGACAGCCUGAAGGAGGAGCUCUACUUCCUCAAGAAGAAUCACGAUGAGGAGAUGGGCUCCAUGAAGGCCCGUAUGGCCAACGAGCAGGUGAAUGUGGAGGUGGAUGCAGCCCAGGGCCCAGACCUUGGGGCCAUAAUGGCUGAGCUGAGGAGCCAGUAUGAGGGCAUCGCACGUAAGAACAAGGAGGACUCAGAGACCUGGUACCUUAAGAAGCUGGAGUCAGUGCAGUCGGAGGUAAAGGAGAGCGGUGAGGUGCUACGCUGUGCUCAGAGCGAGCUCAGCGAGAGACGCCGCUUCCUACAGGCCCUGGAGGGGGAACUGGACAGUCUGCACAAACAGGUGGGUGUGUUGGAGGGGAACCUGAGAGAGACUGGCCAUAAGUAUGCUCUGGAGAUGGACAGUCUGCAAGCCACGCUGUCUCAGCUGGAGGAGGAGCUGUCCCAGCUGCGUCUGGACAUGCAGCGCAACAAGACAGAUUAUGAACAGCUGCUCCGCAUCAAACAGAACCUGGAGCUGGAGAUCGCCACCUACAGGAGACUGCUGGAGGGAGAGGAAGUGAUCAAGGAAAUGCCUCCUCCUAAAAAGGAGCCCGAGGUGAGGACCAGGAAGAUCGUCAAGGUGGUCACCCAGACCAUGAUCAACGGCAGGGUAGUGGAUGAAUCCAGCGAGGUGGAGCAGAUCAAGGAGAGCAAGAAAUGAGCUAAUCAGCUUCAUUCGUUUAUAUCUUCAUUAUCUUCAUCAUCAUCACAUACACAGAGCCUUGGCCCUCCACAUUCUGGUUGGAAACACUUAUUUGUGAAAGAUUACUUUUUAUCUACUAACAAGGACAGACUGAGUCGACUAAGGAGAUGUCCAUGACUAAGGAGAUGUCUGACCACCAAUCUCUGGACAUGCAGUAACUGUAGACUAAAAUGUGGAAAAUGUGUGGGGUCAAUGUGUAAUCAAAAUUGAGAAUAUAUCAUUUGGGGGUUUAUUUGGGAAAUAGUAAACAGUAGGCUAAGUGUGGACUAGAAGUGUGUAUGUUAUUAUGUGAGCCGGAGGGCAUGAGAGAUCCCUUCAACAUUGUACUUUACAUUAAGUUUAUGGCAUGUAGUAACUUUGUAACUAUACUGUACAUUCACCAAAAUGUAAUUAUCCCUAUAUUGUACCUGCAGAUAAAGUGCCUAAAACAAUGAUUGUAUUGUAAUGAAAAGGAACUCUCUCUUAGCAGUAGUUACAAAGUAGAACCCCCCCUCCCAAAAUAACAGAAUCCCAUGUUACCAUAUGGAAUUGUAUAAAAUAGUAUAUACAGUGGGGGAAAUAAGUAUUUAGUCAGCCACCAAUUGUGCAAGUUCUCCCACU